GAAGCGCUUACCAAGUUAGCAGAGUUAGCUGAGGGAGAGUCGGAGGGAGCUGCUUAUCCCAGGAAGAAAGGAAGGUCUCCUUCCAAUCGCCAUGGCAGCACGGCCAGGCCCUUUGACUGAAUGGCCAUGGCAAUGGAUGGGCAACUUCAAGUACCUGGUCCUGGCACCUGCAGUGCUGCACACUGCCCGCAGGGUGGCCACCAAGGGGUGGGGAGACCUUGACCCAGCAUAUGUCGUCAUGCUACCAGCACUGCUGCUAAGGAUGAUCCACAACCAAAUCUGGAUCAGCUUGUCUCGCUAUCAGAUGGCUCGCAGGAAGAACGUGAUUGUUGACCGUAGUAUUGAGUUCGAGCAGGUGGACAGGGAGAGUUCCUGGGAUGACCAAAUCAUCUUCAACGGGCUCGAGUUCUAUCUAGCCUAUGCGAUGAUCCCCAAUGUCAGGCUCCUCCCGGUCUGGAGAACUGAUGGGGCCAUCAUCACUGUGCUUCUUCACAUGGGGCCUGUCGAGUUCCUCUACUACUGGUUCCAUCGGGCUCUGCACCACCAUUUCCUCUACUCUCGCUACCAUUCACACCACCAUGCCUCCAUCGUCACAGAACCCAUAACCUCUGUCAUCCAUCCAUUUGCUGAACAUGUGGUGUAUUUCAUGCUGUUCUCAAUUCCGACAUUAACACCCAUUUUUAUGGGCUGUGGUUCUGUCCUCAGUGUUGUCUUGUACAUUGCGUACAUCGACUUCAUGAAUAAUAUGGGGCACUGCAAUUUUGAGCUGGUACCAAAAUGGAUCUUCAAAGCCUUCCCUCCUCUGAAGUAUCUCAUGUACACUCCAUCGUUUCACUCUCUCCAUCACACUCAGUUCCGCACAAACUACUCAUUGUUCAUGCCAUUCUAUGACUACAUGUACAACACCAUGGACAAGUCAAGUGACGUGUUGUAUGAGCAAUCGCUGAAAGUCACAGACGAAACACCAGAUCUGGUUCACCUGACACAUAUGACCACCUUGCAAUCAACUUAUCAUCUUAGGAUUGGGAUUGCGUCCAUUGCCUCCAAACCAUCAGACAACCCUGUAUGGUAUAGCUGGAUGAUAUGGCCUGUGGCGUGGCUGCCGAUGGUAUUGACAUGGGUUUAUGGAUCUUCAGCUUUUGCCAUUGAGAGACUCCAAAUGAAGAAAUUCAAGAUGCAGACAUGGACAAUUCCAAGAUACAACUUCCAAUAUGGCAUGAAUUGGGAAAGAGAAUCUAUUAACAGCUUGAUCGAAAGGGCAAUAUUAGAUGCUGAUGAAAGGGGGGUUAAAGUGCUCAGUCUAGGACUGCUAAAUCAGGCAAAGACGCUUAAUAGAAGCGGUGAACUAUUUAUACAAAAAUAUCCAAAACUAAGAGUGCGGCUUGUUGAUGGAAGUGGUUUAGCAACUGCAGUGGUGCUCAAGAGCAUCCCUUUAGGUACAAAGAAAGUUUUUCUUUCAGGAAGUACUUCCAAGGUUGCCCAUGCAACAGCUACCGCCUUAUGUGAGAAAGGUGUCCAGGUAAUUAUGAAUCAAAAGAAGGAAUAUGACAUGCUCAAGUCACGACUUCCAGAGCGGAGAACAGUCUACCUAAAAUUCUCCAAUAAAGACAUACCUCAGAUCUGGAUAGGAGAUCACAUAGAUUAUAAACAGCAACAAAGGGCACCAAAAGGAACAACGUUUGUUCCUACAUCACAAUUUCCGCUUAAGAAGAUUCGUAAGGAUUGCUCUUACUUGAGUACUCCUGCAAUGAAGAUCCCAGAGAUGAUGGAGAAUGUUCACACCUGUGAGAAUUGGUUACCCAGAAGGGUCAUGAGUGCUUGGCGCAUUGCUGGAAUACUGCAUGCUCUAGAAGGUUGGGAUAUGCAUGAGUGUGGUGACGAUAUGAUGGGCAUCGAGAAGACUUGGUCGGCAGCCAUUAAAAACGGAUUUGCUCCUCUUACGAAAGGUUGAUUCUUCUGAAUCAUGGCAGACACCACUCAAUAAUGCAGCUUAUUCAACUUUUAUGCAAGGUCAAGUUUUGGUAUCAAGAACCAUCACAUAUGCUUAAUUGGCUUGGUAGCCUCUUCAAACAGUGCUUGAAAUGUAAUCCUCCUAAAGGGAAGAAUAAAAUAAGGGACUGAACUCCAAACUUAGUAUCAAAAGCUAUGUAUUCGGUUGUAUGAAUGCUACAUAUGUACUUUGAACUUUUAUGUAGUAUGCCAA